AUGGUAGUUCACCAAAAAGAUUUACAACAACAACAACAACAACAAAAUAUUAACAAUAAUAAUAAUAAUAAUUCACAGAUGACAUUCCAUUCAUAUCCGGUUGGUGGCCAUCAUCAUAAUCAUAAUCAUCAUCAUGGUCAUGGUAUGAUUGAUUCCAUGCAGGUAUCGUCUUCGAGUGCUGCCGUUGCUUCUGUUGCCGCUGCAAUGUUGUCGUCAUCGUCGUCAUCGUCGAGUGCAGGACUAGACAUUGAGUUGAUUGACAAUGACAAGGAGAAUCUUUUCAAUAACAGUAAUACCAACAUGGUUAUUGGUGGCACCAACUCGACUGUCAACCUCAUGAUCAAACAACAACAACAACAAGGUGUUCCAAUUGGACACGGUACCAAUUCAUCUUCACCAUGUUUAUUAAACCCAUUUACAACUGCUGCCAAUGCUGCUGCUGGUUUGAAUAAUCCUUCUUCUCUCAAUAAUUCCAACUCCAACUCAAAAUAUAAUAAUAAUAAUAAUAAUAGCAGUAACAAAUUAAAAAGAGAAAGUAAAUCAUUAUCAAGUUCAUUACCAGUCUUGAGUAUAUUGAUGAGUGGUGGUGGUAAUAAUAUUCAUGGUGGUAGUCUUGGAUCAUCAUCAUCUAACAGUGGAGGACAACAAACACCUCCAACUACACCAAAAUUGUUUCAUUUUGAUGAUCAUCAUCUUAGUACUGCAUCACCAGACCUACAAAACCUUUCAACAACAUCAUCAUCAUCACUACUUGCAUCAGUUGUAGUGGUUGAAGAAAAGUCACAACCUGUAAAGAAACAUAGAAACUCUCAAAUCCUUUUCAACACUUUUAAUGGAUUGUCAAUGAUUGAUCAAGAGGGCAUUUCAUCGCCAUUGUCGCGAUCCGCCUCUGAUCUAUCAACUCUAAACUUGAAUAGCGGCGGUAAUCAUCACCACGACUCUGACAAUAUUCCCAUGUCUAGAUCACGUACAUUUUGUUUCGAGUCUACUCGUGGUGGUGGCAAUGGUGGCGGUAGUGCACCUUCAUCGGCCAGUAACAGUGGGUUCAUCCCAUCGUCUUGCAAAAAGUUGGAUUUUUCAAAUAUUUCCAGUUCUCUUUCAUCCAUCAAUACUGGUAAUAGUAGUAGUAGUGUCUCUACACAACUACCAGUAUGCUCAUUGUCAUCACCACCUUCACCCACAUUGUUUAGUAUUGGAUCGAGUUGUUUGAUGCCUAUUAGUUUCUCAUUGUCCAAGAGUUUGACCAGUUGCACUACCACCACUACAACUACUACUGCUACUGCUACAGCUGCAACUGCCUAUCCUGAUAGUCCAGAGCCAUCACCAUCACAGACACCUAUCAAGGCACAGUCUCCAAUGAAGCUAGUACGGUCUAGUCCUUCUAUUGCCAUUGUCUCUCAUCAUCAUGGUGUGUCCUCCUCUUCGUCAAUGAUAGAGUCAUCAUCAUUGUCAUCAGAUAUGAUGAGUCAAAGUAGUAGUCAAAGUACCAAUGAAUUUCUAUCAACUCAACCAUCCCUUUCACCACCUAUUCCUUCAACACCUGUGAUGCAGCAGCACCACUCCAACACACCAUCAUCGUCAUCACAAGGAAUGAACUUUGAGUUUUGUACAACAUCACCUUACAAGACACCAUCUAAAUCUGCCAUCUACCUUGGUACCACCAAAUCACCAACCAUUCACAAUUUAUCUUCAUUGUCCAACUUUCAUAAUAAUAAUAGUAACAAUUCUUUAUAUCAAUCUUCCGACUCUGUUUUUAAUGUUAAAAAACGUACAUUGACUUGUUUACUUGGUCAAAGUAGUAAUGGCAUUGGUUUGGGUAUGGGUGGUGGUAUGGGUGGAACAGGAACUACAUCUAGUUCAUCAUCUGGAUUUAUUACCCCUUACUCUACCAACAAACAUUUGGAUGCUACUGAUGAAAGUGAUCAUUCAGGUAUUAGUAUUCUUGGUGCAACAACCACAGCAACCACUUCAAGAUGGAUUAAAGCAUCACCUGAUAUUGUUAAAUCCAAACCACUUCCAUUUGAUAAUCCAUCUCCAUCACCCUCAUCACCUUCCUCCUCGAGUCAAACUGAAAUUACAAAUAAUAAUAUUAAUAAUAUUAUCAAUUCUUUACAUAAUGCCGAUGAAUAUAAAUUAAGAUUACCUGUUUGUAUUGGUAAAUCUGGUUUUAAUAAUAUAACUCCAGAAACUUUAUCAAAAUUAAUGGAUGAUAGAAAUAAUAAUAUAACAAUUGUAGAUUGUAGAUUUGCAUAUGAAUACAAUGGAGGACAUAUUAUCAAUGCAAUUAAUAUUCCACCUAGUUUUGCCAUUGAAACUUUGAAAACACACUUUUUCCAACAAGAACAUCUCUCGAAAAAUCGAAAUACCAAACCAAGUAUUAUCAUCUUUCACUGUGAAUUCUCGUCAAAGAGAGCUCCAGAAUGUUAUAAAAACUUUAGAUGGUUGGAUAGAAAACAUAACCCCUAUCCAAAUAUUCAUUACCCCGAUAUUUAUUUAUUAAGUGGUGGUUAUAAAAGAUUCUUUGAAACUUUUCCUGAAAAAUGUUCAGCAGAUUAUAUUAGAAUGGAUGAUCCAAGAUUUAUUGAUGAAAAAAGAAAAGAAGAUGAAAAGAAAAAAGAAGAAGCAAAGAGAAAUAGAUUUGGUAAAGAAAGAUCUCAAUCAUUCCAUAUUUAA